GGGCAGCCAGGGUUAGAGAUUGCUGGAGGCGGGGGCCCGGAGGAAGCACGUGUCCGCAUCCUUUUCUUUCUGCUCUUUAUCUCUUUAUCCUUAGGGUUGAUAGCUGCGGGGACAGCCCGGGGCCCAGUGUAUGGCCACGGAGUUACAGCGUCCGGACUCCAUGCCCUGUCACAACCGGCAAGUAAACUCUACUUCUACCCCAAGUCCCGAGCAUCUGGGAACAGACGACCCUAUCCUGGAUCAUGCUGAAGAAAAUAACGCUGCCAUGGCUAAGCUGACUCUCCUCCCUGGGCACGCCCAUUCCAGCGUGCUCUGGGAGCGGGACUCUCAGGCCUGCUGUGGCAUUAAUCUUCACUCUGAGAACCACAGUGACAGUAGUGACAGUGGCAACUACGACGCACCUGUCGGUGACUCCCUCCUAGGGGACUGUGAACUGUCCCGACAGAUCGGGGCACAGCUUAAGCUGCUGCCUAUGAAUGAUCAGAUCCGGGAGCUGCAGACUAUCAUCCGGGACAAGACAGCCAGUAGAGGGGACUUCAUGUUUUCUGCGGAUCGUUUGAUCAGACUUGUUGUAGAAGAGGGACUGAAUCAGCUGCCAUAUAAAGAAUGCAUGGUGACCACGCCAACAGGGCACAAGUAUGAAGGAGUGAAAUUUGAGAAAGGAAAUUGUGGGGUCAGCAUCAUGAGGAGCGGUGAGGCAAUGGAACAAGGUUUACGUGACUGCUGUCGAUCCAUACGAAUUGGGAAGAUCCUGAUUCAGAGCGAUGAGGAGACACAAAGGGCCAAAGUGUACUAUGCCAAGUUCCCCCCAGACAUACAUCGCAGAAAAGUCCUUCUGAUGUAUCCAAUUCUCAGCACUGGCAAUACUGUAAUUGAAGCUGUAAAGGUUCUAAUAGAACAUGGAGUUCAACCCAGUGUUAUUAUCCUACUCAGUCUCUUCUCCACUCCCCAUGGUGCCAAAUCAAUCAUUCAAGAAUUUCCAGAGAUCACAAUUUUAACUACUGAAGUUCAUCCUGUUGCACCUACACAUUUUGGACAGAAAUACUUUGGAACAGACUAAGUUGUUAAAGGAAGAUGAAGUGCUUUGCAUAAUAUUAUGGUUGUAAAUGAAUUUCAUACUUGUUUUUUAUUAAUUUGAGAAAUAAUGGAGAAAAUACAUUAGGAAUGCCUUUUAACAUUGGAAGUAGGUGUAGUAACAAGAAAUAUAGGAAGUUUAUGUUUGAUUUGAUCAUUUCUUCCCAUGUGGUACCAAAAUCAACAGUGAAGCACACCCACAGUGCUUAGAAAGAUGGAAAUUGUAAUCAUCUGCUCAUGGAGUGCACGCAAACUGUCGAACUUGUGACCCUCUUGGUUUGGAGGUUGCUUGCAGCUGCAAAAAAACCCAAACUAGAGUUAGUUCUUUGGCCUACUGCAGUUUACAUUUGCUUUACUGUGUUUUUAAAAAGCUCUAGGGUGUUUUUCUGUAUGUGGCUGUUGUUGCCCUCUGUACUCUAGACUUCCUUGUACUAUAUGCACAGGCAUCUUGGAAAAGAGAGAACAAGAAUAUAUCCUGGAAUUUUAUAUUGCCGUUAAUGUCCUCACUUACUUUUCAGAUCUAGGAUGUCUGGUUAACUCUUCAGAUAAACUGUUGUGUUCCUUAUAUAGAUCAUUUCCCAAACUGGGGGUUGAGGGAAGGUGCUUGCCAAACUGUAAUACAGUGAGAACGUUGGCAGGGCCUUGACAGUUUCUGGAUCUGUAACAUGGAUGAAUGUACAGGGACCGAACCAUGGAUGCCUGAUGCUGACAAGAGAGAGCUACAUCAGCCCUGCACAGGGAAUUGGGGAUUCUUUCCGAGGUGUGCAGGAAAGUGUAGAGGCUUUGCUGCAUUUUGUGGCCAAUAAGUAAAUCAGCACGGUUCUUUUUAUUUAGUUGUUUCUACUAGUUGUUUUCGGUUUGGAGCUUAGUUAUUUUGCAUGUUUUACAGCUAUAGCUAUAUUAAAGUAGAGGAAAAAAAACAAUGUUCUUUAAAAAUAUAUGAGGUUUGUAUGUGCUCAUAUCUAAGCUUCUGAAAGGGAGAGAAACAAUAUGAGACUCAAUUUUUGCACUUUUGAAAUGUGCUUGUAAAACCCCAUCCCAUUUUAUGUUGAUGUUAAAACUUGUGACUGUGGCUUCUACUUGAUUACUUGCAUAAUUACAUGCUCAUGGCCCCACAGACAGCUGCUGUGGGGUUCUGUUCAAAAGCAUACAAUUGAGCAGAAGGUAGAUUCUUAAGGGAGAGCUAAAACUGAAAAAACAAAUCAGCCGGGCGGUGGUGGCGCACGCCUGUAAUCCCAGCACUCGGGAGGCAGAGGCAGGCGGAUCUCUGUGAGUUCAAGACCAGAGCUAGUUCCAGGACAGGCUCCAAAACCACAGAGAAACCUUGUCUCGAAAAAACAAAAAAAAAAAAAAAAAAAAAAAAUCAGUGAGGGUCAGGGAAGGAAAGCACCCUUGAGUAGACUGACUGGAUUUUACCUUGGGAUUCUAGACUACUAGGGCUCACUGUACUUUUACUUUUGUUGUUGUUGUUGUUGUUUGUUUGUUUGAGUCAGGGUUUCUCUCUGGUAGCCCUGGCUGUCCUGGAACUUGCUCUGCAGACCAGGCUGGCCUUGAACUCAGAGGCCUGCUUCAGGCUCCAGAGUGCUGGGAUUAAAGGUGUGCACCACCUUUCCCAGCUGCCAGUUUUAUUUGCAUUUGUUAGUUAGGUGGCCCAGGAAUGAUGUGGGUAGAAAAUUCAGAUGGGCCAGAUCUGUUGACAUCAUUCUCGCAUUGAAUCAGUUGCAAAGAUGAUGCCAGAUGUGGAAGAGCAUUCCUGUCACCCCAGCAUUGAGGAAGUUGAGGGAGGAGGAUUUUGUGUUUGAGGGUAGCUUAAGUAACUGAGCCAGAUUUUAUCUCAAUUUUUUUUUUUUUUUUUUUUUUUUUUUUUUUUGCCUGCCAAACCUGAGAAUUGCUGCAACUGAAUUGAAUUGGUGCUUCUUUGGGCUGCAGUAUUUUGUUUGAAGUGCUUUCCAGAAUUUGAGAUAAUUUCAUGUCCAACUUUAGGCGUGAAACCAUAUUUCAAGCAAAUUCUUUUUUGUUUUGAAAGAUGAUCUUCUGUAGCCCAGGCUGACUUUGAACUUUCCGUGUAGUCAACUCUGCCCUUGCCUCAUUGAUGAAAGGCUUACAACCUGCAGGCCCAGCUUAAACAAAUUCUUUUUAUCUCAUUAACCAUUUAGAUCCAAAUGUCUGUUGCUUUUCAGCAAUGAACAUGACUAAAAGUUAACUACAUUUGAUUCCCAUGUGGGAAGCCUAGUAUAAACAGUAGGAAUUAUUCAAUAAGGUCAUAUUUCCCACUGAUGCUUGUACUCUACACUCCUGCAGAUAUAACAAUGGUCUCUGAAUUUUGGAAUGUUUUAGCAAAUAAACUCUUACUUGCAGUGUUAAUCACUUGCAGUACUCUAUUUUCUAAAGUCAACAUAAGAUUAACAGACUACUAAAAGUAAGAUUGACCUUAGUGACAUGAACUUCAGAGCAGUAUAAAUUGUGUAGGUUCUUUAUUGAAGAAUAAAGACUAGAGCAAAACCAACAUGCAAAUAACACAUAGCAGUAAUUCUCAAGGUAUGACAUGCAUCAAAAUUGCUUAGAGGGCUACAGAUUGCUGGACCCCAUCCCUACAGUUUCUGAUUCAACGUCUUGAUUUCCAACAUUUUUCCUUUUUGUAAUAUAAACAUUAAUUUUAAUGAUAUAAAACUUCCUAUAAAGAUUUAGCUGUUUUUUUUAUAUGUUUUCAUUUUCAUUCAGGUAAAAAUAUUUUCUCAUUUUCUUUUUAUUUCCCCAACCCAGGGUCAUUUAAAAUCAUCAACAAAUUGCAAAUAUUUGUGCAAUUUCUCCAUAUUUUUCUUUGAUACUGUUUCCUAAUUUAAUUCCAUUUUGGUGAGAGAAUAUAAUUGUUAUGUUUGAAUCCUUUUAAUUUAUGAGGGUUUUGGAGAUAGGAUCUUGUCCAUAAAUUAUUGUUAUUUGGUAAGUCUUCCAUGCUUUCUUGGAAUGCAUGCAUAUCCUGUAUUGUUUACUAUGAAUGUCAGGUUAUGUUCAUUGAUAAAGCUGUUCAAGUUUUCUACUCCUUGACUGAUUUUUUUUCUGUCUACUUGUUCUAUUGAUUAUUAGAAGGAUAUUGAAAGCUCAGAUUGAAGUGUUGUAUUCGUUUUUUUUUUUCUUUCAGUUCAGUGAAGGUUUUGCUUUGUGUAUUUAGAGUACUCUUGUUAGGUACAGACUGUUAGAAUUGCAGUAGUCUCUUGAUAAUAUGACCCUUUGCCAUUCAGAAAUGUUUUGUUUUGUACUUGUUAAUACUCUUUGUGCUGAAAUCUGUUUUAGCUGAUGGUACUAACAAUUCCACUUUUCUUUGGACUAGCUUUACUUUUAACAUGGUUGUAUUUCAUCUGAAUUUCUUAUAGGCAGCUUUAGGGCUGUGUCUUGCUUUUUAAAACAUCCAGUUUGACAGUGUCUGCCUUUUGGUGCAGUGUUUAGAUAAUUUUCAUGUCAUGUAAUUAUUGGCCUGAUUGGUUUUAGAUCUCCAACUUGCUCUUUGCCUUCUAUUUGUUCUUUAUUUACUUUUUCUUCAUUUUCACCUUCUUUUGGAUUGAGUAUUAUUCAUGAUUCUACUUUAUGUCUUGAUGACAUUUGUGUCAACUCUUUCCACUAAGUCUACCCUCCAGGACAUUGACCCAGUCCCUUCCCCUCUUUUUGAGGAAUCGUCUCUCUAUUAUGUAGCUCUGGCUGUUCUGAAAUUUACUGUGUAGACCAGGCUGUCCUCAAACUUAUAGUGCUGGGACUAAAGGCAUGUACCACCACACUUGGCAGCCCAGUCUCCCAUAAAGGGAGACUGUUCUGUAUUUUUCUGAGCAUCUACAUUUAAUAUAGCAGUUAUAUAGCAGAUAAGUUAUAGAAAUAAUAACAUGAGUAUAUCCAACAUUUGGAGGUUUUCAUGUAAAAUAUAAACAAACUUGAAGCGGUUAAUCCAUCCUAUAAAGCCAUUAUAUACACCUCCAUAUUUUUAUAUUAAUAUGAUUAUUUUCCCUUUGUCUUAUUUGAACUUUAUGAUAAGCUUAUAUUAAACUGCUUAUCAUUUGUUAGCUAUAUCUAGUUUCUCCUCAUGUCAAUCAUUUUCUACUGAUAUCAUGUCUUAAAGAAACUUAAAUUGUUCGAUACAUAUAAUUAUCCAUGCAUUCUGUGACCUGUUUAAUGUACUUGAACUUCACCAGCAACACUCACCUUCCACUGUAUCAUGCAGAAGUUGUUUUACCUACAGGUCACUGAAAUACCAUUAUACUUUCCCCCAAAUAAUUGGCUCUUAACCAUGUGCCAGAUGUUCUUAGGGAAAGAUGACGUCGCAGCUCAGCUGGAUUUAUGUCCAGGUUCCAAGUCAGUAUAUUAGUGUAUUUGUGCUGUUGUAACAAAAUACCAGACUGAAUGGUUUUAACAACAGAAAUAGUUUUGGAGGCAGGCCACAUGUCCACAAUCAAAGUGUUGAUAUGUUUGUGUACUUUUCAGAAGCCUCUCUUUCCACGGUCUUCCACCUGUAUGUAUGUCCUUGGUGUUUCUUUGUGUGUUCAGAUUUUCUCUUCAUAUGAUCAUAGUCAGAUUGUAUUAGGGCCUAUUCAAUGGCCUUGUUUUAACCAAAUCACUUCCUUAAAAGCCCUAGCUCCAAUAUAGUCACAGCCUGAGGUAUUGGGGAUUAGAGCUUCAAUAUGGAUGGAGGGGGCACAUAAUUGUAGUGACGAAACUAGUCAUUGUCUUCCAAUCCACAGGCUUUUGCUGAGACUGUUUCCAUGUGUGUUAUGUGGCAGGGCCUGUUUUUUCUUUGUUAUUAUUACUUUUUUGAGAUAGGAUUUCACUAUAUAGCCCUGCUUACUAUGCAGACCAGGCUGGCCUCAAACUCACAGAGAUCCACCUGCUUCUGCCUCCGAAGUGGUGAGAUUAAAGGUGUGCAUUGUCACUCCUGGCAGGGCAGGAUUCUUAUGGCAAAUCUAAGGGUGUAAUUUAGAAUUAUUUCUACUUCUGCUGUGAAAUCAGGUGCAACUUCCUUUGCUCCAUUCUUGGGGUGAGAACAAGUAAGUGCAUAUUAAUAUAAGUUGUUUUGACCUUCAGAGAACUUAUAAAUUUGGAGGCUUAUAGGAAUUCCACAAGUGUUGAUAUGUCAUUGCCUAUAUGAAGGGCUAUAUCUGGGUCAGGUUCCAACUAUUUUAAAUUGUUCUAAAGACCCUAUUUGUUCGUGAUACAAGCCUUUACCCAGCUGUGAGUCCUAACACUGUCCAGCUUGAUUCAAGGAAUCUGCCUGGCCCAGGUUGCUAAACCCUUACCAUCUUUUCAGGCUGAUUCCUUUCCUUUUCUUGUCUUCUGGAAGAGUGACCCUUUGGCUCUUCUAGUCCACUUGACUCACCAUUCUCUUGUGAAUGCCAUUCUUUAAUAGGAAACUCACUUUGCUCCAGCAGUCACACUACUGAGUAUGUAAACAGAGAGAAUGAAAUUAUCAGGCUGCAGAGACAUUUGCACUCCCAUGUUCAUUGCAGCAGUAUUGUCAAUAACUAACCAUUAGGAACAGCCAAAGUGUAUGUCAGUGAUGAAUGUAUCAAUAAAGUAUAGUACAUUUGUACAAUGGGAUGCUAUUCAGCCAUGCAUAGGAAUGAUUUUGUGACAAAAUUGGAUGGAACUGGAGAUUAUGUUAAGUGAGUGAAACUGUGAAGCUGUAUGACUUCUACUGUGUGGGAUCUGAUGACAACUAAUCUUGUGCAGGUUGACAGUAGAGCACUUGUUACCAAAGUUUGGGGAGGGAUGGCUGAAUGAGGAAAGGCUGAACAAGUGUCACUAAGUUAUAGUUACUUAGAUAGAAGAAAGUUCUGCUGUGCUAUUACAUAGUAAGGGUGUCUGUAGAUCAUCAUUAAUGUACUAUACAUAAAAAAUUAGAAAAUAUUUUGUUAAGUUUUUAACAUGAAGAAGUAAUAAUGAGGAAAAAGAUGAACAUGAUUUAAAUUUAUAUAAUGUAUACAUGUACUGAAAUAUCAUGGUAUCCCAUUAAUAUGUACAAAUUUUGUUUUUAUGGAUCACUUAAAAUAAAUUUAAAUAAAUGAAAAAUAA